AUGGCUCCGACGCCUGACCCUCGCGGCGAUGCCCUGGCCGCCCUCAUGCCGCCGACGUCACCCCAUGCCCACCAGGAUCCCGCCGCCUCGCUGCGCUGCUGCUGUGGCCACGACGAUUGCGCCUACCUCAAGCACAGCUGCGAUGUUCUCGAUACCGUCGAGCAGGAUGUCCAUACCGCCGCCAAACUUGGUCAGGCGCUCCUCGCCCGUCAUGAGGCCUACAUGGCCGACGCCGAGCGCGAUCGCCUCGAACUCACCGCACGUAUAGAGCAGCUCGAGACGGACAAGAGGGAACUCCAAGCCGACAACGCCAGGACUGUUGAAGAGAACCGUGCCUUGCUCGACCAGCUCGAGACCCUCAACAACUCGGUCAACAGCUCCGAUACGCGCAUUCAGAGCCUCGAGGCCACCCUGCUCUCCUCUCAACAGGCCGUCCGCCGUCUCGAAGGCGCUGCUGUCCGAGCAGCCGAGCUAGAACGCCAUGUCGCCCUCCUCGAGCGCGAACAGAUGCAGCUGCAAAACACCCUCAUCAGCACCGAAUCAGAGUCUCGCUCCGCCUUGAACCGAUGGAAAAAGGCGGAAAGGGGCAUCACGGAGCUGCAAGAACAGCUGGAACGCAUGGAAAAGGAAACCAAGGACGAGCGAGAGCGCCACGUCGAGGCCAUGGGCCGCGUCGAGCGACAGCGCGAGAUGGAAAAGGAGCUCAACACGGCAGCCGGCCGGCUCAAGGGUGCUGCUGCGGCCAAGUCGCUGGACAAGGGCAAGAACGGCAGCAGUGUCGUGUCCCACUUUGUUCGCGACCUGCUGCAGGACAAUGCCAAUUUGCAACUUGGCAUGGCUGAACUGCGAGAGCUACUGACCAACUCCAACGACGAGAUCCAAGCCCUGCGCGACCAACUCAUGUUCCACCAACCCGUGGGUGAGGGAGAGAGGGAGGGAGAGACGAGCACGGCUUCCACGCUCCGCGCCGAGAUGGAACCUUCGCAGAUGGAGGAGCCAGGCACAACGACUCGACUUUCUCAAGAACUCCAUAUUCAUCACCACUACCACGUGGCAUCCAAAGGCGACAACAAGAAACCCAAGAAGAGGCGCGCCGGCCUCACCCCAGGCAUCUUUACACCCCCCAGCGGCGCCUCGACGCCCGUCACGCCCUUCCGAAACCACCCAUGGCGGCUCUCGUCCCCCGUCCCGCCAACCAUAUCAACCCACGGACACCGCGACUCGACCUCGAGCCUCGCCGCACCGCCCUCCCACAGAUGGUCCAUGUUCUCCGAGCAGCAGUCUGACUUUGCAGCCUCAUCGGUACCCAGCUCGCCGCAGUCAACGAGCCAUCGGUUCUCGAUGUUUGACAAGUUCCCCGACUCGGACUUGCCCGCAUCGCCCACAACUAGCGUGGACCCCAUGUCCCCAACGAUGAGAGCGACACAUCUCAAGCGCCCGUCCGAAGUGUCGACGAGGAGUAUAUCGAUGCCAACAAAACUCAUGAUCGCACCGCCCGCCCCCACACUAGAGGUCACUCAACAUCACUUGGGCCCAGAACCUAUCCGUGAGGAGGUUCACGAGGACGACACUGACAUCGAGGAAGUGCCAGAAAUCGUCACGACGGAGGAAGAAUACAGCUUCUCCACCGACGAGGAGCAGCCACAGCGCCGGCUGCACCGCGUCAUAUCUCACGAGUCCAUCAUGUCCCUUGCUGGCGGACUCGACAUUCAUACGCUCAAAGUGCGACCUAGCCAGCUGACGCUGCGCCCUCUUGGCGGUGCUGAGGCCGUCUUCACCGGAGUAACAGCAUCCUCGACCAUUUCGCGCGUGACCACCAAACGGAGUGCGGCUGUCUUGCGUGACAGUUUGGCCGGCCUGCCAAGCCAGAGGGUGGUAUCGACACCAACCCGGAGCCUGUCCCCAGCGAGUACACUGAACGAGGGCCAACGCAACACGGCCAAGCCGGGCCGAUGGACGAGCUGGCGGCCAUGGGGCAGCGGUGGCGGAGGCGGCGUUGCUAGCAGCAGCAGCACCAACAGCACCCCGAACGAUCCCGAACACUCGCCGACGCCUGCUCUCACGCCGACGCCGACCAACAGAAGGCCGAUAAGGAGAGGGACCUCCACCGGCGUCCGGCAUCAACCAGCCCGGCGCGAUCCCCGGGAAAAGGGUAUUUACGAAAGCCGCCGCAGAGGACGCCGAGCAAGGGAAGCCUGA